UCUGGCAACCCGUGCUGAUAUCCAGGGACGCUAACUUGCCUUGUUCAACGCAUCUGUGCUCUCCCAUCCGACUUUGGGAUCUGUACUCUCAAAAUCAGUCUACUUCGCCGAUCUUGGAGGUUCUAGUCCCCAUCUUUUUCAUUACUGUGGCAUGAAUCAAAGGCACGAGAGAUGGGAGAUGGUCGUCAGCGGAUAAUGCAAAGAUCCGUCGACCUCAUAAAAGGACUCUGCACUUAUAACUAAUCGCCUCAACAUGCUGUCCUCUGUAUUUGCACCUCUUCUCGUCGCUCUUCUUUCCUCUGGGUCAGCACACGCGUGGUUCCGUGUUGCUUGCACUACUCCAUUGGUGCAAGAACGUGUGGAUCCUAUUGUUUCACCCGGAAUCAUCCCUUCUAAUCAUGUACACACGGUGCACGGAGCGAACAACUUUGCUCCUAACAAUACAUACGACACUCUCCGUGCCUCUUCGUGCACGUCCUGUGAAGUGACCCAGGAUCUCUCCAAUUACUGGUUCCCCAAGUUGUACUUCAAGGACCCCACCAACGGGACGUUCGAAGAAGUUUCCAACGGAGGUCUUUUGGUCUACUACCAGAACCGUGGUAACGGAGACGUCAGCAAUGGCGGACCUGGCCUCAAGGCAUUCCCUCCUGGCUUCAGGAUGAUCAGUGGUGACCCCACGCUGAGGACCAAAAAAUACCCUGAAGGCCAAGGAUCUCAAGCAGAACUUGCCGAGCGGGCCAUCCAGUGGUCAUGCUUGCGCUACGACACUGCCAACUCCACCGGCUACGACGGCCACGGUUUCCCUUACACAGAUUGUGAGGCUGGCUUCAACGCUCGCAUCCACAUGCCUGCAUGCUGGGAUGGUGUCAACCUCGACUCUGCUGACCACCAAUCUCACAUGGCCUUCCUGUCCGGGCUGGACAACGGUGUCUGUCCCAGCGACCAUCCCGUUUACAUGAUGAAACUCUUCUACGAGGUGACCUGGGACGUGCACUCCUUCGCCAGCCGUUGGGAUAACUCGACAGGCUGGCCCUUCGUCUACGCUACUGGCGACCCCACUGGAUACUCGUGGCACGGUGACUUCUUCAACGGUUGGGAUCAGACUGCUCUCCAAAACGCCAUCGAUAAUUGCAACAACCCCAACGACCAAACUGGAAGCGGUGUCACCGAGGCUUGUUCCUACCUAACCGUCCAGAGUGCUUCCAUCGCUGGCGCUUGCAAAGUUAGCCCCGUCGUCAACGAGCCAAUUAAUGGAGCCCCUCUUGCCAAGCUCCCAGGAUGCAACCCAAUCCAGCCGGGCCCUGGUGAUGCUACUCUCUACUCCGAUAGCAACUGCCCUGCGUCCUAAGUU